AUGAAGACGUUUCCGUCCAUCGCGCUCUGCGUUCUGCUUGCUGCCGUGUCUAUCACGGCGCAAAUCUCGAUGCGAGAAUUGACCGAAAUCACAGAGGAUUUCCGUGUUCGGUUUGACGAGCUGCACGAAGACAAGGAUGAUUUCAUUAGGCUAACGCGGGUGCUGACACGGGCCGAACUGAAAGGGUUGAAUGAGGCUACGCUGGAAAAUUUGGCCAACGCACGAAACGACGUCGACGAAAUCCUAUUUGACACCCGUGAGGAGAUUGCAGCAGCCAUCCUUGUGCCCAACGCGAACGAACAGUGUCUGCUCGGUCUGGUCGAUACGGUCAUUGCGGAGGGACGCCGUGCUGGUGAAGGUAUGAGCUCCUGUGCCGCCGACAAGAUCGCCAUCAAGGAAGGACUCGGUGAUGAGUUCCGGGCACUGUCCAACACGCUGCAGCGCAUUGCGACGGCUGCGUCGGAGUACACGCUCUACACGUUCGCCAUCCACAACUCGUUCGCCGAACCUGAUGAGCACGUCGAAUGGUUGGAGGAAAACUACGACAACCAGGUCUCGUUCUGGAACAAUGUUGCCCGUCCGGAAGCGCAGGAGGAUCUGGACAAUCUGGAAAUUAACCGUCCGGCCCUGAUUGAGGAAAAUCGCCUCUGUCUAAAUGCAGUCAUUACUAGCCUCAACACGGCCAUGAAUACCGUUCGUGGACAAAUCAACAACUGUUAA